AUAAUACUCCUCGAGCGCAUAUUUACUGCGAAGCUUGUCCAACCACCGCGCUGCACCGCAACCGCGCCGACCAAUCGCCUGGCCUGCUUGCUCUAGGCAGCAUCAGUUUUGAUGAAUUGAUGCCCUGCAUUUCUCAGGGGCUUGAACAUAGGUGUUGCUCGGGCGUGAAGAGCAUGGCGUGCCCAAGCCAGCGGUGGCAGUCAGCGCACCCAGUAUCGGGAUUGCGCUCUUACUCUCGACGAGGCGAAAGGUUGCUAGUGCGCAGCAGCACCCCGCACCAGCCAGGUUCUGGCACAAGCUCGUCCAGCAGCCGGACGGAGCAUUCGGGCAUGGGCAUCAAAGGCACAGGUUUUGUCACCAGGCAAGCCUGGCAUCGGCCCGACAUUGCAAUCGUGCUGGUGCACCCUCAGAUCCCGCAGAAUACGGGCAACGUGGCGCGCUCAUGUGCCGCCACGGGCACUCCACUGCAUCUGGUGGGCCCUCUAGGAUUCGAGCUGGACAACAAAAAACUCAAGCGCGCCGGUUUGGACUACUGGGACAAUGUUGCAGUGGCGCUUCACAGCACCUGGGACCACUUCUUUGCAGCUUUCAUCAACCUGCCUGGGCCCAAGCGCCUGGUUGCGUUUACGGUGUACGGUGAUACGCAUUAUGGCGCACCAGAGUUCACGUACCAGAGCGGUGACUGGCUCGUGUUUGGAGCAGAAACGUCCGGUCUGCCGCCCCAGGCGCAUGAAGACGUGUUAGCCAGUGGUGGGGCCCUUGUGAAGAUACCUAUACGCGACACACACGUUCGCUCCAUCAACCUGGCCGUGGCCGCGGGUAUUGGGCUGUUCGAGGCCGUCCGCCAGCUGGACGCAGGUGGCGAAGGACACAAGGUGGCCCCACGUGUCAGCCCUACACUUCAGGAGGUGGCGGCCAUGCACGACAACGGGAGACCAAUUGGCGCCAAGGGGUCGAUAGGAGUAACUGCGCUGGGGGAUUAAAUUAGCUCGACUGUUUUCCAUGACAAGCAACGGCGCAGGCCUGCAGGGACCCAUUGCUGUCUCGGCUUUGACUUGUCGUCAGCCGUUGGACCAUACCACAAGUAGAGAGCGGCUUUACAUACAUAGCUGGCAGUGGCUCUCUGUAAAGUGGGGCGGGGGGUUGGCUGUUGCUAAGCUCCGACUCAUAGCGUAGUUCCACACUUCGGGGAGGGCGGUUUCUCUGGAUUUCUCUAUAGGCUGGAGGUGGUCCUUCAUGGCAGGGGUUUGGCCUGUCUUUCGACGUGGUAGGCGUUCAUAGCCGGCGCUAUUGGUGUGUGUGCUUGUGAGGCGGGUCCGAUACGAGUGACGCCCUAGCUAUGAUGUCACCUGGUCGUGAGUGCCCCAACGGUAGUUCGCUUCUGCCUACUUUCGUUUGUGGCUUGGUGGUGCGAUGGCCGAUGGGACAGGGUAAGGGGCUGGGUGGCGGAUUUCAGAUGAUGUUAAAACUCCUUUGGUUUGAUGGUUGCCGGCAUUUUGACUGCCACUGCUGCUGUUGGUGGUGCUCGUCACCAAGGAACAUCCUAUUAUUUUAUCGGGAGGGAGUUACUGUAUUGACGAGUCGCGGGCGUACUGGCAGGCUGGUAGUUGGCUGGCGCGCAGUCGCUGCAUGUCGCGAGCUUGGCUAGCGGGCAGGUCACCCAGGCCCAUAAAGCUAUUCUUACCAUAUUGGUGCCAUAGGGACAUUUGGAAUGGUUCGGUCUUUGGACGGAACCGCGUGUGUGGGCACCAGGGUACUUCAGCCAGGAGGGGCCCAAUGCCCCUCCCCAUAGGUGGUCCUGGCGGAGGCUAGGCCCGUAAGGUCCUACUGGCGCCCUGGCCCGCCAGGACGGAUUGUGGGGCGGCCAGGGGUCCCGUCCUGGGCUCCUGGCGCCUACGGCGCCAGGAUGGAUGGCGCCGUAGGCGCCAGCAUGGGCGCCAGCCGGGUGGAUGAGGUGGUGUACUGUGGUACAGUGCCUGUAUCCGUAUCUUGUA